AUGUCACCAACCCUCCCCCUCGUCAUCCGCUCCGGCGUCGCUCAACCUCGUAAGCGGAAGGCAAAGAAAGUCAAGGAAGAAGGCACCAACCCCACGGGCUGGGACCUUCCAAUCGAGACAGAUCUUUCUGAUGCCAACGAAGACCCGUUGGAGAACGACCUGGACAAGGUCCGUAGUCACACCAGGCUGUUGCUAAAGGAGGCAGCUUGCUGCCACGACCUCUACUACUCUGCGUGUGAUAAGAUUCAAUGGUGGUUCCAGUACCACGGACAGAAGACGUUGACUACCAAGAAGCACCCCGGCGUGUCCCUCCCUAUCAGUACUAUGAGCUACUACGACACCCUAAUCAAAGCUGUGGUUGACCACAAGUUCAAGGAGCUUUGCGCAAAGGCGAAGGCCACCAACUCGCCUCUCCCGCAGCGAGUCCAUGUGCUCAAUCAAACUGUGAAGUGUUUUCUGGAGGAGGAGAGCCCGGAGUUUCAGGCUGAGAUGGUGCAAAGGCAGGAGGCUGAAUAUGUGGCUGAUACGGAGGCUUUCUCCAACCUGUCCUCAAUGUCUGCCGCUGCGCCUUGCAUGCCGGAGGAUUUUGACAGAGAGCUCGACACUGCAGGGAAGUGGCUUGGGCCGUUUGCUGAUUACCUCUUGGGCUGUGUUGGCAUGAACAUCUCAAUCCUACUCACUAGUCCUGUCGGGCGCAACGGUGGUGCCAUAGAGCUUCACGGCAUACACUCAGGCAAGUCCACAGAACUAUAA